UUUUCUUCACGAGUCCGCAGCCGCCCCCGAUCUCUCUCCACAAUGUCUGACCUCCAGGCCCAGUUCGAAGCCGCCGCCGCGCUCGUGAAGACCUUCACCAAGAGCCCCACCAACGACGAGAAGCUCGCUCUGUACGCCUUCUACAAGCAGGCCACCGUGGGCGACAACACGACGUCCGCCCCCGGCAUGUUCGACCUGACGGGCAAGGCCAAGUGGAACGCCUGGAACGCCAAGAAGGGUCUGUCCAAGGAGGACGCCAUGACCGCCUACAUCGCCGAGGUGGAGAAGCAGAAGGCCGUCUACGCCUGAAGCGCGGCCGCUAGGUCGCGUCUGUAGUUCUCUCCUCCUCCUCCAAGCGCGCUGGAGUCGCUGUAGUGCCAACCUUAAUGCCGUGUGAGCUGUACAGACUACGGGGGGGGGGAAAUGGCGACGAUCGACCCAGCACCUGCUUCGGUUCAGCCAACGUGUGAGUUGUUGACGUCUUCGCAAAAGUCCAUAAAAAUGUAAUGGAAGACGAGUUUUGUAAUCUC